AUGCAGGCGCGCGCGCUGGGCGAGCUGCUGCCGGCCUUGUGUCUGCGGACAAGUGCCACGGAAGUGCAGCACUUGCGCUACAGUUUGGUGGAUUAUUCUUUGCAAACUCUGGAGAACAUCGACACUGAGGGUCUCCGCCAAACCCUCGGGGACCUCUGCAGCCAGCCCCUUUACCUCCUUUUGAGGGUUUACGAGUGCUCCAAACUCCCCGACUUCUCCCCCCCGGACACCCCCACCCACGCGGGGGGGGGCCCCGGGGGCCCCGGGGGCCCCGGGGGCCCCUGGGGCCCCUUCGAAGACACCGACGGCUGGGCCGUCGUCUAUGAGGCCCCCCCCGUCGAACUCGGAGACAGAUCUCGAGUCUCCUCCAGUGCUGUUCGUCUCCACGAAGGAGCUCGCUUUUAUUACAAACAUCCAGUGUCUCCUCCGAAGCCAACUCUGUAUCCCGAGAAGGAGCUGCACGCCGCGCUGCCGCCCCCAGGCAGAGCCGUCCUCGUGGAGACCCACUGCAACAGCUGCGAACCCCAACUCGCAAGGGCCUCCUUUGAUGAUGCUGCUGCUAAUGCCCUCAGGGGGGGCCCCCUGGGGGGCCCCGUUGUCACAACAGUGGUGGACAUUGCAGCCAACACAGACCCUCCAAAGGGGGCUUCCCGCGCGUCGCCGUGCAUCCCUUAUGACCCCCGGAGGCCCCCAGCGCUGGCCGGGAGGCCCCUGGAGACAGUAGAGGGUACAAGUGUCUCCUUGAGGGCCCCCGUGAAGACGGAGACCCUCCCGCCCCGCUGGAGGGGCCCCCCGAGCCCGCGGGGGGCCCUCUCCUGGGGCCCCCGGGCCCCCCGUUCGCGUUCUGCGGACGCGCCGUACGUGAGGGGCCCCCCGGGGCCCCCCCCGUGUGGGGAGGAGGGGUACUUUGGGGGCCCCCCGAAGGGCCCCUCCGUGUGGGACGCCAGCGGGGGGCCCCCCCCGGCGGGGGGCCCCCUGGGGGGCCCCCCGGGGGGCCCCCCCGCGUGGGGGCGGGGCCCCGAGCUGUACACGGGGCCCCUGGAGACAGCCGCAGACCGCUUCCGGCUGCUGUGUCUGCAGCAGCAAGGGGUUUUAUUUGAAAACGAAACUUUGCGAGUUUCUUGUUUGGUGGGGACCAGCAGUUUCCCUGUGAACCGGACUUUGCAUGCGUCUGUGGAGCUGAGCAUUGUGUCGAAAAAGGGGCCUUUUUGGGAGUCGGGGGGCCCCCCCGGGGGCCCCCCCGGGGGGCCCCCCGGGGGGCCCCCCAGCCCUGCGGGGGGCCCCGGGGCCCCCACGGGCUUCCACUGCGUGCGCAGCAGCAUCCAGAACUACGACAGCGAGUGCCUGCACUGCGCAGUGUCGCCGAUAGUGCGUGCGCCGGGGAAGGGGCCCCCCUGGGGGCCCCCCGGGGGCCCCUGUGGGGGGGCCCCCUGGGGGCCCCCCGGGGCCGGGGGGCCCCCCAGGGUGAUCCAAACGGUGGUAAUAACCGUGUUAAAACCCUUUUUGGUGGUCCCGGAAGUCGUGCUGGAAGUGGGACUUCCCAAUGGAGAAGAAGAGAGAAAUGUCUUUGCACUUCCCGUGGUUCUUUCGCAGUUCAUGAGGCCCCUGCGGCUGUCUCCCGCUGCGCUGCUGCAGCUGUGGUUCGACGGGGGCCUCCACAGCAGACUCACCGCGCUGCGGCUGGCCCCUGCUGUUGCUGCUGCGGGGGCCCCCCUGCUGCAGCAGAUUGUGUCUCUGGGGGGCAAGCUGGGGCUGGUGUGUGGGGUCCGCCACAGACUGGCGGAGAACUCUUUGCUGGCAGCAGGAGAGUUCCCGGCAAUUGGGGACAUGCAGGGGGACUCGAGGGCCCUCGUGCGGCUCUGGAGGGGCCCCCACCGCCCUGCUGCUGCUGCUGCUGCUGCUGCUGCAGCAGCAAAACUCGAAGUCAAGGCCCAGGACCCCAGGGUCGCAGCCAGCCUCUACGAGCUCCUCGUCUACCUCCUCGAGGGCUCCGACUAA